AUGGCCUUGCCAAGGCAACGAGGAGUAAACGCAAGCUUAACAAGGUCUUUGGAUGGUCAGGUUGACAGUGAUUCCAGUCCAACAGAUAUCAGUAGUUCUUCCAGUGAGAGUGAACAGGAGGAAGAAGGGUGCAAUCUGUUCCCCGAAAUCACGGCUGAAACCAAACGAGCAAAGAUCAAAAGGAAAUUGGCAAGGAAACACUUCAAAAAGGCUGGUGGACCACUACCUCCCAAAAAGAAAAUAUCCAAUUGGUUGCCUACUCCGGAGGAAAUUGCGACUGCCAGUUCGAUCGUCGGGGACCCUACAAAGUUUCGCCUCUACAAACAUGGACACGUUUGCAUCUUUGAUAAACAAUUGACAACAGAAAAAGAAAAACAAAUUGUGGCCAAUAUCACUUUCACAGAUCUCAAAACAAUUUCCGAUCAAUUAAAGAGGGAUGACUUAAAUUUCUUGGUUGCUUUUUUAGAAAAAUCAAAAAAAUUUGUUAACUCUGUCGGAUCCAAGUCACGAUCCUGCGGUGGAUAUAUGUGGGCGAUUGGAUGGAGAAAAUCUAUGACCAAAUUCGAGAUUAUCAGACGCUAUGUAAAUAAAGCGGCCAUCAAGAAGAACCAAGAACAAUUCAAUCAACACGUGAAAGAUUCUGAUCAAGCAUCCUUAAUCUUGUGGGACCUGUUUUAUCCGAUUGGUAACCGCGCCCUCGAAGCCAACCAACAAUUUAUGGCAGAAUACAAUCUCCCCUCCCUUUCUGACCCAGAACUUCCGAGUGAGACCUCAAAAGGUCACAAUAAAUUCUUCUCUACCAACCUCACUUUUACUUCUGAUGGAUUCUUUAAUCAUCCCCACAAGGACAAAAAAGAUGAUAAACGCCUUCCAUUUGCUUUCUUCUUGUCCCUUCCAACUUUCAAGUCAAAAGAAUAUACACACAUGGAAAUCUGA